CGAAACCACACCAAGUUAUUAUUGAUCGUUAAGUAAUUUAUAGGUCACCAUGAAAAUGAACGCGAAAAAUUCGGAAAAUAUGUCUCAACGCGAAAAAUUUCAAUUGCUCAAUUCGGAAGUGCGUUCCUUUUAUGAAUAUUGUAAAGAAGUGGGUAUGAGUGACGAUGAGAUAGAUAUUAUUUGUCGCCCUUUGAUGAGUGCAGUGAGAAGGGCGACGAUUAAGAGAUGGCGAAGGAUCAUCCUAUUGUUUUUGCUGUUUUUGGCGAUUGGCUACAUUGUGAGCCAAACCGAUGCAUUCCAAUGGCAUAUUUCCGCGGUAGCUCGAUUGACGCUGAUAAAACUGCUGCCUUUAAUAAAUUGGACACCACUUUAUUACAAUCAAUGUGUACUGGAGCGAAUACCACUGCAGAAUUUUGAAGCUGAACCCGUUUCUACCAAUGACUGUAUUGCCUGUGAAGCUAUACAAAACAUCGCUCGCAUAGCCAACACGGAUCACAAUGAAGUGCUAAACCACCACCUCCUCAGAGGUGCACCUGUUAUCGUAACCGACGCGUACAUGGAGUGGUCCACCGGGGAGUAUAACUUCACAGGCCUCGUCAGCAACGACGACCGUCUCCGCGAAUCGGUGCCCUGCAGAAUCCUAACCAACAUACGUAUUGGGAAACAACCUAUGGACCUGCAGGAGAUCGUUUCGCGAAUAACAGAGAGCAACAUCCCAUCUUGGUUCAUCCACUUCCAGAACUGCGACAUUCGAGCCGUCAAAACAUUCCGAGUCCUCGCCCCCCGCCCGUACUUCCUCUCCCCCGAAAUCCCCCCCUCCCAUUUCAAUUGGUUGCUCCUGUCGAAGAAUUACGAAACGAACCGUUAUAAGUAUCUGGAGUUCGAUAUAGGCUUGAUUAUCAUGUCCCAACUGAAAGGGAACACUUUUAUCCAAUUGAAACCGCGAAUGCCAUGCGAAAAUAUAUGCAGUCCGGUGAAAAUUGAACUGCAAGAGACCGAGACGUUGGUUCUUAGUAAUUCCUUGUGGGAGUUUGAAUAUUUGCCCGGGAAAGGGGAGAAUUUAGCUAUGAUUACGGAGACCGACUGGGUUGAGACCUAAUUUGUGUAUUUAGACAAGUUAACACUGGUAUCCCGUAGUGUUGUAGGCUCCCUUUAUUAUUAUACUCCUUUAUUGUUCAAAAUAUUGAGUAUACGAUUUAUUUAAUGUUAGGUUAUAGAAAAUCAUGUCUAAAGUUAUUGAUAAAUACAGCUUUAUAUGUUAAUGUAACAGUAUUGUUUUUAUAUAUCGAUAUUAACUGUAUGUCUGUAGUGGAUAAGAUUUUGGGCAAAUCAUCAUCAUCAUCAUCAGCCCAUAUAUGUUCCCACUGCUGGAACAGAGAUCUAUGAGUGUUUGGGCAAAUAUCGAGUUUUAAUCAAGUACUAAUUAACACGAAAGCUAUAAUUUAUGUAGACGAUUUUUACAAUAUUAUAAUGUAUCCUCUACCCUUUGGCUAUGUAUAAUCAUAAAUCUAUAUCAUGUAAUAACACCCUAGAAGAGUUCAACUUUGAAUAAAAAUUGAAACUAUGCCUUGAUUCCAGUAACGCUAGCCAAAAAAUAAUGAUACAAUUUUUUGUUUGUCCGUGUCCGGCUUUUAAUCUAUACUAAUAUUAUAAAGCUUGUUUGUUUGAACACACUAAUCUUGGGGACUAUUGGUCCGAUUUGAAACAUUCUUUCAGUGUUAGAUAGCCCAUUAAUAAAUGGAGGCUAUAGGCUAUAUAUGUACCACGGGCGAAGCCGGGCACUAGUUAUUCGCCUACAGAUUCGUAUAUCGCGUUUAGAGUUAUUUUUCGGACGUAAGGGCAUGGAUAGCUAGCACCAACUUACUGCGCCCAAUAUGUAUGGCGAAUGGCGAUCGCGAAUGUGUAAACACUGAAGAAUUUAAUUUGAAUUCGUAUGUACGAAGCCGCGGACACAGCUAGUUUUAUAUAUAUGUACUGCUAACUCCUUUAACAUAUGUUCCCUAUAAUCUUUAGACAUUAUAAAUAUCUCUGUGCCAAAUAUUACCUCAUUAUAAAACUCACGAGUUAGCUCACACUUCUGUUUUCAGUAGCCUAACUCUCACAGCGCACCUAAAUAACGUCUAAGAUAUCAUUGUUCUAGAUAGUAUAAGUAUUAAAGCAUAUAUUUUUAUUAUUAUUAUUCAGUAAAUGAUAAUACACUUAUCAGUAUCCAUUCUUAAUUUGAUUUAAUGUUAUUUCUGAUUAUGAAGUUUAUGUAUAUGUUUUUAUUUUCAUACAAAAAAAUCAUGGAAUCGUAGAUUAUUUUAAGUUCAUUCUACGUAGCAACGUAUGCAUAUUAAACAAAAAAAUGUUCUGUCUAUAGGUAUAGAAUAUGUAAUGUAAGAUAAAAUAAAACUAUAUGUAUUAUGGUCACAUAUCAACGUUAAUAAAGUGAUGUUUUGUGUCUAAAACGCAACAUAC